AUGGAUGCGCUGGACCACAACAUGGAUGUGAUUGCCGACUACUAUGGCGAUCGCCACAGCAAGUUGCGUGGACAUAGCAAGAAUCACAAGAGCCCGGCCCUGGCCCUGCGACAGAUCCAGCGCGGCGGCACCAUCGGCGGCGUGUGCGCCGCAAAGGUUGCCGAGGCUGAGGUGAUGGUGGAGGGUGGGGUGGCCAGCGUAUUCGUUACCAGCGAGGUGGUUGCACCCCCAAAGAUCGCCCGGCUUUGCGCCCUGGCGGACCACGCCGAGAUCCUGGUGGCCUGCGAAAACGAAGCGAAUGCCCACGACCUUUCCCAGGUAGCCGCCUCCCAGGGCGUAAACCUGGGUGUGGUCAUCGAGCAGGAAACCGGACUGCUACGGUGUGGGGUGCAUGAGGUGGAACCCGGCCUGGCUCUGGCUCGAUUGAUCGAUUCGCUGCCCGGACUGUCCCUGAAAGGCGUGAUGAGCCACCAGAUGAUGUCCGAACCCUCGUCUGACCGAGAGGACCGGGCCACCGAAGCACACCGUCUCAUCCAGCCGGUUCUGGAUCUUCGAGAAGCCAUGAUCGCCGCCGGACUGCCGGUUGAAAUCGUCUCGACGGGCGAGACCUGGAGCUACGAUAUCGCGGGGGAUAUGCCUGAGGUUACCGAAAUUCAGGGUGGCUCCUACCUGGUAAUGGAAACCUCAUACGAAUACAUCGAGGAUUUUCAGCUGGCCGGCAAGGUGUUGACCUCCAUCAUCAGCGUCCCACGUCAGGGAACGGCGAUCGGCGACGCUGGGGCCCGGGCCGUGGGAGGCAUGAAGGGGUUGCCGCGAGUGGAAGGUCGCCCCGGGGUUGAAGCCGUCAAUAUGGACACCGACCGCACCGUGUUCCAAGUGGCGGAGGGAGCCGAACUGGCGGUCGGCGACCAGGUUAUGCUGCUUCCCGGCCAGCAGGACGCCAUGGUAAGCCGCUGGGAUCGUUUCAUCGGAAUACGCGACGGAAUGGUGGAGGCGGUUUGGGAUAUCGAGGCACGGGGCUGUCACAAUUAG